AUGAGACCAAUCGUUUUGAAAGGUCAUGAGCGUCCAUUGACGCAAGUGAAGUUUAACCGUGAUGGUGAUCUAGUAUUCGCCUGUUCUAAGGACAGUGUCGCUUCUAUCUGGUAUUCUAUCAACGGUGAAAGAUUAGGAACUCUAGAUGACCAUUCCGGUACUAUUUGGUCUAUUGAUGUUGACGAAAACACCACUUACUGUUUGACCGGUGGUGCCGAUUUCUGUUUCAAGAUCUGGGAGGUUGCCACUGGUGUUGCUGUGCACUCCGUUUCCACCAGAAGUCCAGUUAUCAGAGUUGAGUUUUCUCCAGAUGGAACCAAGCUUCUAAUUGUGCUUGAUGCCGUUAUGGGUCAUGUCGGUUCUAUUGUUGUUUACUCUUUGAUUAGAAACGAAAACGGUGAAAUUGUGAAGGUGAAUGAAGAGCCAGAAUACGAAAUUAAUACUAUUGAGGAAGCUACCAAGGUCUUUGUUGCUUCGUGGUCAUACAACGGUAAAUACAUUGUUGCAGGUCACGAUGACGGUCAAAUCAGUACUUACAACGGUGAGAGCGGUGAAUUCAUCCAAGUCAAGAAGAUUCAUGAAAAGAGCAUCAAGGACAUCCAAUUCUCCCCAGAUAGAACAUACUUCAUCACAUCUUCGAGAGACAGUGCUGCAUGCUUGAUCGACGUCAACACUUUGGACGUGCUAAAAACAUACAAGGCCGACUGUCCAUUAAACAGUGCAUGCAUCACCCCAUUGAAGGAGUUCGUCAUUCUAGGUGGUGGUCAAGAUGCCAAGGAUGUUACAACUACUAGUGCUCGUGAAGGUAAGUUUGAAGCCAGAAUCUACCACAAGGUCUUUGAAGACGAAAUCGGUAGAGUAAAGGGUCAUUUCGGUCCAUUGAACUACGUCGCCGUCUCUCCAACUGGUACUUCAUACGCUUCCGGUGGUGAAGAUGGUUACAUCCGUUUGCACCAUUUCGAUAAGUCCUACUUCGACUUCAAGUAUGAUGUAGAAAAGACUUUCGAGGUUGAAAGAAGACAACAACUGCAAAAGCAGGAAUAA